AUGCCGUCCGCCAUUUCCCCUCGCAAUGACUCCUCCAGCAUCCUGACCCAGAUUGUCAUGUCCCCCUCGGACUCAGACUACCUAGACCAGCUCAUUCCAUCAAUCCGAGAGUAUAGUUACGGCAACCAGACGUCACAGCUCCUCCGUUCGUUGUCCCGCUUCGCUAGCGAGAAGGAGACAGAGAUCGAGAACAUAUGCAAUACAAACCACCAAGAAUUUGUCACUUCGGUUAACCAGCUGCUUCGAAUCCGUGAGGGAACUGUCAGUUUGACGUCGGAGAUUCUGGACUUGAACCAGUCGAUUCAGUCCAGCACGGAGAAAUUGGCCGAGCAGAAAAAAGCCUUGGUGGAAUCAAGAAGCCAUCGACAGAACAUUGAAGAAAGUCUUCGCGCGCUCCAAGACUGUCUCGAGGUUUUGAGACUGUCAAAUCAAGUCCAUGACCUGCUGGGGAAGAAGAACCACUACGCCGCUCUUCGAGCGCUGGAAGAGCUGCAAAAUGUCCAUCUCAAAGAGAUCACCCAGUACAAAAUAUCGGAGCUGAUUCAGCGCUCUGUGCCUGCAACUCAGAGAGCAAUUGCCGAGGCAGUUAUGACGGACUUGAAUACGUGGCUGUACCGUAUUCGCGAGAUGUCUCAGUACCUAGGGGAGAUUGCGCUGUAUCAUACGAAUUUGCGCAAGACACGAUUAAAAGAAAGAGCCCAGAAAUUGAGUUAUUUGGAGCAAUUCAAGCUGAACUCGGCUAUUGAGCUGGUCUCGGACGAGCAUGAGGAGUACGAUUUACUCCAAAAUGAAGAUCUGCAGGUUGAUUUUACACCCUUGUUUGAGUGUCUGCACAUUCAUCGGUCAUUGGGACAAAUGGAUAGGUUCAGAGCCGAAUACGCAACCACACGACGACGGCAGAAAGAACUCCUCCUUCCCAGUUCCAUCACAUUAGUCGACGCCGAUGGUGCAAGUUUGCACACUCUUCUAGAAGAAAUGACUGGCUUUGCAAUUGUGGAGAGGUCGACAAUGAAAAAGGUUCCCGACCUUCGAUCUUCUGUUGAUGUAGAGGAAUUAUGGGAUUCGAUGUGCCACACUGCGGCUGGUCUGAUUACAGCAGCACUUCCAGAGGUGGAUAAUGCCGAAAGUUUGCUAAAGAUCAAGAAUCUCAUCGCACUCUUCAUGCAGGCGAUGGAUACAUGGAAUUUUUCAGUCGCAGUGUUUGACAGACUCCUCCUGACGCUCUUUGGGAGAUAUGCCGACCUGCUCAAAACAAGAUUCAGUGACGAUUUCCAGGAGAUUGUCUCGACUGAUGAUUACAUGCCUAUGCCAAUUCAAAAUUUGGAAGAGUUCGACAAGGUAAUAAAUGUUAGCUGGUACACCCCGGAGAAGCCACGGGAAGAACAAACUUUCCCCUGCGUGUUACCUUUCUCGCAGAUGUAUCCUCUAUGUUGUAUCGACAUUCGAAACUUUGUCAACCAAUUCUACUUCUUCUCCAACGAUGAUUUCUCUCACUCGGAUGUUAUUGAUGAAACUCUCAAGACGGCUUUGGAUGAUCUUCUAUCAAAUCAGGUUUGCGAGACACUUGUUGAGCGCUUGAGCUCGCAGUAUCUCGGACAAAUUGUCCAGAUUUUGAUUAAUCUUGAACAUUUUGAAAUGGCCUGCCAGGAGCUCGAAGCACUUCUUGUUGCUGCCCAAUCACAAGCUUCUACGGCCGGUCUGAUUUCUCUUAAUGCUACCACGAAAUUUCGAAAUAACAAGAAAGCAGCCGAGAAACGAAUUUUCGAAGUUGUGAACUCAAAAAUAGACGAUCUCAUCGAGACUGCUGAAUACGAUUGGACACCUACUAUAGAGCCAACGGAGCCCAGCAACUAUAUGCAAACGUUAACCCGAUUCCUUUCUAACAUUAUGAACUCGACAUUACUCGGUCUUCCCACUGAGAUUAAGGAACUUAUUUAUUUUGACGCUUUGAGUCACGCAGCGAACAGAAUCCUAGCACUACCACUCUCUCCUGAAGUCAGAAAAAUAAAUCCCUACGGCGUCCUUGCAUUAGCCAAAGACGUCGAAUACCUCGCAGCAUUUGUUGACAGUCUUGGAAAUCCCAUUCUCAGAGAAAAUUUGGACGAACUACAACAGACUGUAAAUCUAUUACAGUCAGACAACACUGACGAGUUCUAUGAUAUUUCUACACGAAAUAAGAAAUACGGCCGUGUGGAUGCUAUGAAUGGGCCGAUGUUGCUUGAAAAGCUCACGCGAACGGUUCAAAGUCCCGUCAAAAUCGAAAAAUUCGCUACACUGUCCUCAAGAUUUGGAAUGAAAUCAUCAUAA